AUGUCCGCUUUUGUUACUAAGGCUGAAGAGAUGAUCAAAGCUCACCCAUACUUCCAAUUAUCCGCAAGCUGGUGUCCUGACUGCGUAUACGCAAACUCUGUUUGGGACAGGUUCAACGUAAAGGACGAAGUGUUUGUUUUUGACAUCGGUUCUCUGCCAAGAACCGAACAAGAAAAAUGGAGGGUUGCAUUUCAAAAAGUUGUCGGUAGUAGAAACUUACCAACCAUUGUUGUCAAUGGGAAGUUUUGGGGAACCGAGAGCCAAUUGCACAGAUUUGAAAACAAAGGUACGCUAAAGGAAGAGUUGACUAAAAUUGGACUUCUGCCUUGA